AUGUUUAAGAUCAAUGGAUCUGUCCAGAUGGAGUGUGCUCUGCUGUACACCUUCCUGGAGGUAUCCUCUGACUGCAAGUUCAGAGAGCAGCUGCAUUCCCUGCAAAGCCAGGGCCUUGUGCCUUUCCCAAAAGGCAUCUGCUGUGAUGAUGAGGAGGUGGAGCUCCAGACCGAUGGCAAUCGAAGCGGCCACUUGCAGAACGGCGAGCCAGCAUUUGACCGUGAGGUAAAUGAAGAAGUUGUCCGGAUGAUUGCCGCUCAGCUCGCUGAGAUUGGAGACCAGUUUGAUAAAGAAAUCAAAGCAAAAGUAGUCAAUGAUCUAGUGCAGCACUUCCUGAACGAGAACCUGUCUGGAGAGCAGAUAACCCGGGUCCUGUCCCAGGCCGUGGAAGAGCUUGCAGAGGCCACCCCCUCAGACAUGGAACGGGAGAAGGCCGUGUUGGUGCUAGUGAUGCUCUUAACUAAAAAAAUUGCGAAUACGAUGCCUGCCCUUCUACAGCGCGUCUUCAGCGUCUCUCUGAACUUCCUCAGCCAGCAGCUCCACAACUACAUUGUCAGGCUG